AUGUGUAUUUGUUCAACUCUUUGGACCAUAUACAAUGUGUUACACAUUUUCCUUUUUUGGACUUCCUGCACAUUAUCUUAUCGCCUUAAUAAUAUAAAAUUUAAUAAUGUAAACGGAACUAAAACCUUCUUUAACCCUAGUUUAAUUGAUCGCAAAAACAUUAGUUAUACAUCAAAUUUUCAACUGUUUGAUGUCUUAAAUCAUCCAGCACAUGAGAAUAAUAAUUAUUUACAACAUAAUGAAAAUCGUCUAACUUAUGAUGACGUUUUAAAUGAUUUAAAAACUCAAGAAGUUAGAGUCAGAUUUGCUCCUUCUCCCACAGGACCAUUACACAUCGGCUCUUUAAGGACAUAUAUAUACAAUUAUAUAUUUGCAAAGAAGAAUAAAGGCAAAUUGAUACUCAGAAUUGACGAUACUGACUCUUCAAGGAAUAACCAAGAUAGCCUUAAAGAUAUCUUUUCUUCCCUCAAUUGGAUAGGAUUGGUAUGGGAUGAAGGUGUCCAUAGGUUAAAUGGAGACAUGUACUAUCAAUCAAAUAGAAAGGAAAUAUACAAAAAAUUCGCUCAAAAACUAAUUGAUAACAACAAGGCAUAUUAUUGCUUUUGCAGAGAAAAUAUUUUCACCAAAUUUCUUUCAAAGAUUUUCAAGAUCAAGUUUAACUACAAGUGUAAAAAGUGCCCUAAGUUAUCGCAAAAUGAAAUUAAAACAAAGUUGAAAAACCUAAAAUUUAUUAUUCUACUGAGAAGUGAAGGUGAUGAUUUUGACGACUUUAUUUUAGUGAGAAGAAACGGCGUUUCUACGUACAAUUUUAGCAGCUCCGUAGACGACGUUCUGAUGAAUGUUACUCACAUAAUUAGGGGGUCUGAACACACAAAUAAUCUCCACAAGCAAGAGUAUUUGUUUAAUUUAUUGGACUAUAAAUGCCCCAAAUUUGUACAUUUACCUCUGCUACACGAUGAACAAAAGACUAAACUAAGUAAAAGAAACCCCAACUCCAAAGAUUACACAGUUAAGAAUUUAAGGCUAAAUGGAAUUUGUAGACUCCCCUUAAUAAAUUACCUAACUUUUCUAGGAACUAGAUUCAUUUCGAGUAAUGAGAUAUACGAAGUUGCUGAUAUAAUUAAGAUGUUUUCAUUUGACCUGCUAAACAAUGAACCUGCGGUUUUCGACUAUAAAAAGCUAUUACACCUCAACAGAAAAUAUAUAAACAACUUGAGUAUUGAAGAAUUCAAAUCAGAGAUUUUAAGUUUUCAACAGUUUUAUAAUGAAAAUAAAGAAACUGAGGAAGAUGAAAUGAACACAUCACUAAUAAUGGACCAGCUUCUUGAAAUAUAUCAGAAGAGACUAGUAACCCUAAGAGAUUAUUUUAAUCUAGUAAACUCAGCACUAGGCUACAAUUAUGAAAAUUUGACAAAAAAUAAAGAUGAGGAAUUGGACAGUGGAUUUAAGGAAUGGUUGAAAUUUGAGUUAAAUUUAAUAUUUGAGAAGAGUAAAAACUCGGUUGACUUACAUGCCAAUUUUGCAAAUCUGGUGAAUGAAGCUAUGGUUAGCGGUAAGAAGAAUCUGAAACACUUAAGGUUCCUUCUAACUGGAGAAGAAGUUGGACCAUCUCUAAUAGAUUUGGUAUGA